AACUGUGCCCGAGUGGCAGUUUUAUAAAGGUUUUGAAUCUAGUGUUGAUCCUUAAACCUGGAACUGUCCAUACAAUCCCAUUCAAUUCAAGCAAACCUUAAAAGAUGCAUUUCACUGUUUAAAUGCUAUGAAUGUAUUAAAUAUCCAUAUCAUAUUACACAAGUACCAGACUGGAUGAAAACAACAGAAACAGCACAAUGAAUAAAAGCCAAAGAACCACCCACAUUAACCUAAAACCCAGUGAAUAGGGACAUAUUCCCACCCCUAGUCAGAUAUUUUCUGGUAGCACCAUCAUGACAGGACAUAAACUUCACAACCUUCUGGGGAUCAAGGAUUGCUGAAGAUGCGUCUCUUUUUUUUAGUGCUGUUUGAAAUGUACACACUGAGCUCCGUGCAUGCCUACCCUGAUGGAUCUGUAGCAUCAGCGUGUAACACUAUGCUGCCGAAUCACCCGAGCUUUGAGCCUCAGACCACCACAGCGCUGUACAGAGUCACAGUGAACCGUGUGGCCUGCAGACCUGGAGACAUGAUCACAGUGACUUUGGAGUCAGUGAACAGCAUAAAAUUUGAGGGCUUCAUGCUGCAAGCUCUGCCAACAUCAGGAAAAGGUGCCCAAGGUUCAUUCAUGGCAGGAGACGCACGUCUGGUCCGACUGCACAACUGUUUCAACAUUGAAAAAUCAACAAUCAGCCAUUCUGGACCAAAUGAAAUAACCCAACUUGAGGUCAUGUGGGUUGCACCGCCAUCACCUGCUCCAAGCAAUAUUACAUUCUGUGCAACUAUUGUGAGGAACUAUACCGAGUUCUGGACCAUGGUGAAGAGCCCCCCUAUCCUGCUGUCCAACAGUCCUACAUUGGCUGUGAACUGUCUGAUGAUGCUGUUCAACAUCCUGAUUGCACUUGGGCUCUUCAGAUCCUCAUCUUUAACUCUGCUCUGAUCUCUGGUAAUGGAAGCCACUGCAAAUAUAAAGAUUUGAAUCUGAGUAAAAAUGAUGAAGUAAAUAUUUCACUGUGUAUAGAGAUUAGAAAAUGUGGAUGCUUUGGA